AAUCUGUACUUUGCUUGGACAUCUUCCACUUUUCCAAGAGAAAAUUCUCUUCAGAUAUAGUUGGGCAUUGGUGUUGCCUAAAGUGAUGUCAGCAGAGGGUCAUCAUGUGCCAUGUCAAUGCACUUUGGAAAGCGGCAACUUGUUGGCUGAUCAAAGCAAAGCUGGAGCAAAACGAAGCCCAGCUGACAACCUCCUCCUUUCACACAAACGACCAACUUCCUCUUCUGAGGCCAGGGUGACCAUGACUGAGAAAGACCCAGAGGUGCACGUGGAAGAAGAUGAAGAUGAACUAGACAGCAAAUUGAACUACAAACCCCCACCUCAGAAGACACUCCAAGAACUGCAAGAGUUGGACAAGGAUGAUGAAAGCCUUGCAAAGUACAAAAAGUCCCUACUGGGGGAUGGGCCAGUGGUGGCAGACCCAACGAUUCCAAAUGUGACUGUAACUCGGCUCACUUUGGUAUGUGAUACUGCUCCAGGGCCGAUCACCAUGGAUCUUACUGGUGACCUUGAAGCUCUCAAGAAAGAAACCUUCGUAUUAAAAGAAGGAUCAGAAUACAGAGUCAAGAUCCACUUCAAAGUUAAUAGAGAAAUUGUAUCUGGCUUGAAAUACGGGCAGCACACUUAUCGGACAGGAGUAAAAGUGGACAAAGCUACAUUCAUGGUGGGCAGCUAUGGACCACGGCCAGAAGAAUAUGAAUUCAUGACACCUCUGGAGGAAGCACCCAAGGGCAUGAUGGCUCGAGGGAACUACCGCAACAAGUCCUUCUUCACUGAUGAUGAUAAGCACGACCAUCUCACUUGGGAAUGGAACUUGGCCAUUAAGAAGGAAUGGACAGAAUGAGUUCCACUUCACUUCCUUUUCUUUUCUUCCUCUGCCAACUGUGCUGUAUUACAGUCAUGCCAGUCUCUGGCACUUGCAUGCCAUGCUUCCUCCCCACAACCCACUUGGCUCUUUUAAUGUCACAAGAAUAUCUGCUAGCGCAGGCCUCUGGACAGAUUUUAUCUCUCCUGCUGCUUCACUGUAAAUAAUCACAAGGAAUUAAACUGGGACAGACCAUCAUUUCUCUGCUUGCACAGGAUCAGUCCUUGAAGUGCCUUUGCUAGGAAGAUUCAUGGUUGUCAGCCUACUCCUAUUAAUAUCAGGGCAGAUAGGUUGUACCCCAUCUAAAGAUUCACUGGAAACAUUUUUGCCUGUGGGUGGAUUCAAUAUCUUUAAGCUUAUUCUAGUGUCAUUUACAAAACUGCAUUUUGAAAUCUUGCCUUUAUUGGUAACAGGAGAUACAGUUUCUGCCUUAGCUUGUCAUGAUUUCAGUGUCUUUGAAAAUAAAACCAGUUUUGUCCUUUG